AUGUUUAACACAUCAUUAAAUGUUACAUUACAUGAAAGUUUAAAAGUGACAGCUACUUUUUUUACAAUUAUUACAAUAGUAUUAGCGUCAUUGACUAUUUUAUUUGGUUUGACUAUUUUAUUUCGUCUUAUCUAUUGUCGGAGACUUCAAAAAUGUUCUUCAAAAAAUGAUAGUCGUCGUAUUGGUCUUCUUCAUUCAAUGAAUACGUAUAUUCAUAUUAUUGGUGAAACAUCUAUAUUUCUCAUAAUGUCUAGUAGAACUUUAUAUGGUGAUUUCUAUUUACAUAUCAAAGAAGAAAGUGCUCCUUCUUGGCAUUGUCGUUUAUUAAAUUAUUUAAUGUCUAUGUUCGCAGCAGGCAUAUAUGGUUCUUGUUUUGUACAUGCAGUAUUUCGUUAUUGGCGUAUUAUGAAACCUCAUCGUCGUUUAUAUCGAACAUUUUCAUUUCAUUUACAACUUAUUUUCUUACAUAUAAUAUAUAUUAUAGUAAUAUCUAUUCCCGUUUGGUUUCGUGCUAUCUAUUUAUCAUCAGAAAAUUAUUGUUUAAAUCAUUUUAAUGAUACAUGGAUAUCAAUUUAUAUUUCAAUAACAGCUACUGUAUUACCUAUAUUUGGUAUAGUUAUAGUUCAUUUCAAAAUUGUUAUGUAUAUGAAACGAAAUUGGCAAUCAAGGAAAAGAUGGAAACGUAUGGAACGUGAUCUUUUAAUGAUUAAACGAUUACUUUUAGUAGUUGUUGUUCUUUCGAAUACGAGUGGUGCCGCGAUUUUAUUAUGGUUAUUAAUGUAUAUUCAAAAGUUUUUGCAUCCACUUUCAUAUCGAUUACUUUGUUUUAUAAUUGAAAUUGGUAUGUUAAUAUGUAGUAUUACUUUAUUAAUUGUUUCGCCACAAUUGAGACGAGCAUUAGGAUCAACAGCUUUGUAUAAACAACAUUCGGAUUCAAAUAAUACAAUUAACAACAACAAAAUAGGCAAAUUAGAAAAUGAAUCUUGGAAAAGCAAUCAAAUUUAA